CUUGACCAGAAGCUAGGACCGGAAUACAUCUCGCAGCGGCCAGGUCCUGGCGGAGGACCGAAAUUGACAUACGCGGAGGGUUGGAGAAUAAUAAACCUUGCAAACGAGGUUUUUGGCUUCAAUGGCUGGAGUACGACGGUCGUGAAUCUGACAACCGACUUCAUUGAUUACAAUGAAGAAUCGAAACGUUACAAUGUUGGGGCAUCUGCCAUCGUACGGGUGACGUUGAGGGAUGGGGUCUUUCACGAAGAUAUUGGGUAUGGAAUGUUAGAAAACUCAAAGAGCAAGGGUGGAGCGCUGGACAAGUGCAAGAAAGAGGCUGUUACAGAUGGCAUGAAGCGUGCUUUGAGGAGUUUUGGAAACUUGCUGGGCAAUUGCCUCUACGAUAAAUCGUAUACGCAGGAGGUUGUUAAAAUC